CAGAAACAUAAGAAAGUGUGCAUGUUCAUUUAUUUUCUGCCCUCGUCAUAUUUAGCCACGGAAUCUUUUAUGAAAAAUAGUCAAUUCUAAUUUAUUUAAUGUUAUUUCAUUUUCAAUUGUUGUGGUGUAGUCAAAAGUUUCUUCAAUCCGCGUGUACUGAUAGCCACUGCGCAUCGUCAUAGGGGGAAGGUUGGAGUGCCGGGCAAGUUACUGCUUCUCUGGUGCAAGCUCCGAGGAAGGAUCAACAAUUCAUCCCAUCUGUGAGCUCUCGUCCAGUGGGGCGCUACCAUUUUAUAUGACUUUAGCAAGAUAUACAGAGAAAUCAGUACAGUGCGUGGAGAGUUGUCGGUGUGUCGCGGCGAGGGGUCCCGGCUGCCGGCGAGCGUGCAUGACGCUUCACACACUAAGCAAUACUGCUCGCAGAAGAUCAAAGUUUUGCAGUAAUAGACAUCGGAAGCUGCUGCCCCUGCGGCAGACGUGACUGGCGCGCCGCGCGGGUGUCCCCGGCCCGCUGCCGCUACCUCGCGACCUGCCUCUGUCGCGCCGCAAGAGCUACCCGAUCCAGUGUCAAAAAAAAAACCACCCCUGGUAUAAUUAGUUAGGAUAAUAGUUUAGAUAAGUCAGCCAUGGGGUCCGUGAACGUCAACCGGAAUGUGGCGGACGCGUUCUACCGUUACAAGAUGCCUCGCAUUUGCGCCAAGGUGGAGGGCAAGGGGAACGGCAUCAAGACGGUCAUUGUGAACAUGCCCGAAGUGGCAAAAGCGCUGGGUCGCCCCGCUACUUACCCAACGAAAUACUUCGGCUGUGAACUGGGUGCCCAGACGCAGUUCGAUUACAAGAAUGAACGUUUCAUCGUCAACGGCAGCCACGACUCUGCCAAACUGCAGGACUUGCUGGACGGGUUCAUCCGCAAGUUCGUGCUGUGCCCCGAGUGCGACAACCCCGAGACGGAGCUGAUCGUGUCGACGAAGCGCAACACCAUCUCGCAGGGCUGCAAGGCGUGCGGCUACCACGGCCCGCUGGAGUUCAACCACAAGCUCAACACCUUCAUCCUCAAGAACCCGCCGGCGGCCGACCCCAGCCUGCAGGGCUCAUCAUUGACGGAGGGUAAUCGUGGCAAGCGUUCGAAACGUAGCGGUCCUGCGGCCAACGGCAACCAUGAUGGGGACAACCAUGACGCUAAGAAUGAGAGCGAUGUCCCAGUCACUCCGACCACUCCAAACCCGAAGACUACUAAAAGCAAGAAGAAUAAAGCUGAUGACGACGAUGAUGAUGAUGGCAACUGGACAGUUGAUGUCAGUGAGGAGGCUGUCCGUGCGAGGAUGCAAGAUUUGACGGAGGGAGCAAAAAGCAUGACUCUCUCGGAGGAUAGUGAGAAAAAUGAGAAGCAGCGUAUGGACUUGUUUUAUUCCUUCCUGAAGCAACGCUCGGACGCUGGAGACGUUGAGGGUGCAAAGGCUAUUAGUGAAAUCUUGCAUGAAGCGGACAGGCUGGAGGUGAAGUCGAAGGCGCUGCUGGUGGCCUUCGAGGUGCUGGUGGGCGCCGGCAGCCUGGCCGCGGACGUGAAGCGGCACCGCGCGCUGCUGCUGCGCCUGGCGCGCGCCGACCCGCGGGCGCCGCGCGCCGCGCUGCACGCGCUCACCGCGCUCGCCGCCACCGCGCCCGCGCUGCUGCCGCGCGUGCCCGCCGUGCUCAAGUUGUUGUACGACCUAGACAUAGUAGAGGAAAAGACAGUGUUGGAGUGGGCAAGCAAGCCGUCUCGCAAGUACGCGUCUAAAGAAGUGGUGGCCGAUGUACUGCGUCGGGCUCAACCCUUCCUUGAUUGGCUACAGCAGGCCGAUGAAGAGGACGAUAGCAGUGAAGAAGACAUUGAGAUCGAGUACGACGACCGCGCUAAAGCGACGCCCAUCAAGGCAGUCACAACGCCCGCUCCUCCCAAACCACAGCAAGAUGAUGACGGCGAUAUCGACGUUGACAUCGACGCCAUCUAACACCCCCACAAUAUCCUCAAAACCCCCACAAUCUCUCAAAACGUAUCCACAACUUUACAAACUCGUCCACAGUUCUAUCACAUGCGUGUUUCGCAAUAUUAUCGUCUGCGUACUAAAAACUUUUUAUUUAUUACUUUUACUAUGUCUGCUUAUCAAAAUUCAAUACAUUAUUUAUUUAUUCGUAUUGAAAAUAAUUGUGAUUUUUAAUUAAAUGAUUUCGUUUUAUUCAUAUGUAAUGUAAGGUAUAUAUGGAAUACAACACAAUGUUGUCACUUUAUAUGUAUGAUAAAGUUGCUAUCGAACUUUUAUUUGUAUAACUAUGUUUCCCAAAAACUGUCUUAAUAGGUUAUAAAAUUAAUCACUCGCUCAAUUGAUCUUUAAACAUUCUCAACCUAAUCUCAGGUUAUAAUAAAAUGCGAAACAUGUCUUAAUAUUUAGAUUACUGACCCCGUGCGCUGAAAAUUAUAUAUCAUUACAAGUUAGGGGCAGUUACUGCCUUAUUUCACCUACCUUCAAAUGAAUUUCUUGAAAAAUUACAUUUCUAAUUACAUGAAAUUCGUUUGAAAAUCGUAAAAUCGUCUUUUUAAUUAUGUAAUUUUUAAUAUAGAUAUAAAACCAAUAAUCCGUAGUAUUGUAAUUAAAACGCUUUGAAAUUAGAGUAAUGAAAAUCAAGCUAUUUCCUUUAUAUUCCGAAAUAAAUUCCUUUCUACGUUUAAGUAUGAUUUUAAUAUAUAUUUAUAUGGGAUUUGAUGAUCUCUGUUUCAAUUUAAAUGUCAUGAAAAAAUCGCAAUUACACAAAAGUAGUUUUAUUUGUAUAAUCAAUUUUUAUAAAAUAAUUUUUGAAGAAUAAUGGCGGGUUGUUCGUCCAGUCGGUUAAAGUUGUAAAUAAGGUUAUUUACUGCGAUUAAUACUGUGUUGUAAAGUGAAGUAUAGCGUUGCACAAAGAAUAAUGUUGCACAUUUCCCGGUUUUUCAUGUCAGUAUUACGUGGGAGAUAAUUUUAAAUUACUAACAUUACUUUAUUACCGUCAAUUUAAGAUGGUCUUAUAAUUGAAGUUUAAAUUUUCUUUAACAUCAACGUUAAGAGUAAUCUUAACCAUAACCGCCUUUCGAGCAACCCUUCCUACUUCUACAAACCUUUUUAAUAUAAUUGAUUCGGUAGUGAAGUGUUUGCCAAGUAUUUGUUUACAGCAGCAUGAAGCUAGUGUUAUUAUUUAAAGCAAUUAUUUAUCUUAUAUCUUUAUUGUUCUUAAACAUUUUUUGUUUGUACUGUCGAAGUGUCGUCUUCAAGUUUUUUUUUUUUUUUUUGAAAAAUAGCUAGAAAUUUUCGGUCACCGCGACUUAUCCUCCAUUAAAAACUAUUAUGAAUAAGAUAUUUUAAAAUUGGCUCUUGACAAUUUUAAUAGAUUUGUUUUGUAUUGAAUACAUUUGGAUUCUAAA